UAUGAAUUUUUAAAGAGGUUUGAAAGUAAAUUCUUAUGAACCCAAUUUACAGCCUUCGAUUUCAGAUUUAAUAAUAUUGGUAAUGAGUGUAAUCUAAUUGAGAAGUUAAUUAUUAAUUCCUGGAUUUGGUCUGUUAUAUCUUAUAUUAGUGAUUUUAAAUUGUUUUUAAAGAAGGAUUGAUAAAGCUAAUGCAUUUCUAAACAUUUAGCCUCCUCCUUCACUUUAGGAGCCAUCAAUAAUAAUAAUAUCAUUAUUCAUAAGUUGGUAUUUUAAUUAUUGA